AUGUCUUUGUCCGACUCUUUCAGUGUACCCAAGGCCAGUUCGAGUACUCAUUCCGCCGAACAAGCCCACAUACGCGGUACUGUCGUAUUUACGUGGUCCUUGAUGCUCAUUAUCGUUUCUCUUCGCUUCGUGGCACGCCGUCUUUCAAAAGUCGGUCUCUGGUAUGAUGACUGGCUUAUAAUACCAGCCACUCUUUCCGCCACGACAUGCUUUGCCUCUGCCAUCUGGAUGACACAGCAUGGGCUGGGCCAGAACGUCUACAUCCUGUCACCAAACCAAUUAGAUACAUUCUUGAAGGGCAUGUUUAUUUCGGAGAUUGGUUGGCCUAUCUCCAUUUGCAUGGUCAAAUGUUCUAUUCUAGCUUUCUAUUGGCGUCUCUUCAGCAGUUAUGGUCGAUCAUUCCGAAUUAGCGUCUGGGCUUUUCUUGCGCUGAUGGUCAACUGGGGAAUCGUUGUGGUAAUCGCGACAGUCUUUCAAUGUUCACCUAGACAUAGACCUUGGAGUGAAGGUCGAUGCGUCAACAACACCUAUUGGUUCUUUGUUGGCUCCUCGAUACCGCACAUCAUCACCGACAUAGCCUUGAUCAGUCUCCCAAUGCCACUGAUCUGGAAACUCCAAAUGCGUCGAUCACAAAAAGCAAUCUUGAGUUUCAUUUUUGGUUUGGGCGGCUUCGUCACGAUUGUCGCCAUUGUCCGCUUAGUUUAUCUCAUUAAAGCAGAUGCGGAACCCGCGGAUGUUACCAUCAACCUGUCAAACAUUCUCAUCUGGACAGGUGUCGAGGUUAACAUGUCAGUCGUCUGUGCAUGUCUUCCGUCCCUCCGCCCAAUAGUGGCAUUCAUCUCCGACAAGUUCAAGCAACUGUGCAAGCGCAAAAGCACCCACACAAAAGGCUUAAAGCUACUCAUGGGCACGUUGAGACCAAGCGAUACAGCCACCGUCUUGCCAUUAUCGAGCAAGAAAAGCUGGGAUGAUGGGCAUCAUCCCAUACUGGAUUCGUCAUUCGUGGUAGAGAUGGAGGCAAUAGCACCACAUUUUGAGGCGAAGGCACCAGGGCGCUGGGUGUCAGAGGUCGAAGCAGUCGAGCCGGCGGUGGCAAUGGGAACUGAAAAGACAGUAGCAGGGAUGGGUGAGACAUCCGUGUGA